AUGAAGCUCACCGUUUUAGUUAUUUUAAUUACGCAAGUACACUUAUUCUCGUGUCAAAAAAGCCGUAGAAUAUCAAAUGCAGUUGAUCACUACAAAGAAUCUGAACCUUUUGGAGCUGAAGAAUUACCACCAAGUAUGCGUCGAAAUUCUCUCGCAGAAGAAGGACCCAAAGCCGUCGGAGCACGCGGUCUAGUCGCUAGUCGUUUGAGAGAAAUUUUCAGAAAAGAUACCUCGCCUAACCAACAGAUAAUUAUUAUAACCCCACCGCAAAAUAAUCCCGACCAACCUCACCCUAGUGCCAGAAAUUUGAACUCUGCAACCGAUUCAAGCGAGAACGAAGAAAUAGAACUUCCAUCAUACAGAUCCAGUGACCUCAUGAUAACAAACAGUGAUCCCGCAUUGAGCGACACAGAAGUGUUUGUUCAAAGUGCAUCUCGUCGUUCAAAUAUCCGUAAAUCGAACGCGAACAAAAACGUCAACGUCAACAACAAUGAGAUCGCAGACCGUCAAUUUGAUAAUUUCCUUCCACAAGAUUAUCCUGAAGAAACAGAUCCUGAAACUGAUGACUACCCCAUUGAUCUAGAAGACCGACGAUUUUCGAAUGAUGAUGUCCAGAUAAUCAGAGUGGGACCAACGUCACGAAGUACAAGACGUCGAUUGUCUGACAACAGAAAUACUAAUGUCAAUACUAAUGUCAAUACCAACGAUGCUCGUCGACGUCUUAUCGCUCACAAUAGAAACACAAACGUCAACACCAAUCUUAACAGCAACAACGACGCUCGUCGACGACUUAUCGCUCGCGACAGAAACACAAACGUCAACACCAAUGUUAACAGCAACAAUGACGCUCGUCGACGACUUAUUGCUCGCGACAGAAACACAAACGUCAACACCAAUGUUAACAGCAACAACGACGCUCGUCGACGACUUAUCGCUCGCGACAGAAACACAAACGUUAACACCAAUGUUAACAACAACAACGACGCUCGUCGACGACUUAUCGCUCGCAACAGAAACACAAAUGUCAACACCAAUUUUAACACCAACGAGGCAAGACGAUCUCUCGAUGAGAACAAAAAUAUAAAUGUAAAUGUCAACAAUGUAAAUGCUGAGACUGCUGAUGAUGAGACUGCGACGAAUGACGUUGAAAGUGGUAAUGUAGACGGUGACGUCAUUGAAGCGAAUGACGAUACAAUUUAUGGUGAAAGUGUCGUAAGUCCGGUGUCAGUUACUAGCAGGCGUUCUCAAAGUGAACAUACCUUGAGAGCUGAUGACAGUAACGGAAAAAGCCGAAGAGGCAGUCGUAGAUCGAAGGAUUUGGAUCCGUCUGCUAGUCAACUUCAGUCGCGUAGAAAUUUAAAGUCUGUAGGGUCUAGUAGUCGAAGAAAUGUCCUGGUUGAAGUGAGUUCUCUUGACAAUGAUGAUAACAGUCGAAGAGUAGACGAACUUCUGGACAGUCGAAGGAAAUUUGAAGCUGAAAAUUUAGGCAAAAGACGUAAACUAGUUAUUCUUGAUGACUCCCCUGCUGCUUACGGUCUUGACGAUUCUGAUAGUCAGGUGAGCAGCUCUCGCAGAAUGAGUCCUACAAUAAUCGUGUCAGCUCGCAGAUUCUUGAGAGAUCGAAAUGAUAAUAAGAACAUAAACAUCAACAACAAUGUCAACGACGCAGCUGAUGAUGACGAAAUUAAGGUUUCUUCGCGAAGACGAUUGACAUCCUCAGAAAUUUAUGAUGAUAAUGCUCCUGAUGGUAUUUCUAGUUUAGUUCAGCAGUUCCGUAGGCAUCGUGUGCGCGCUAAUAAUGAAAAUAAAAAUGUUAAUAUUAACGUUAACAGACUCGAUAGCGCUGAAAAUGUUUAG